GAGUGAGAGAGAGAGAGAUGAAAUUCCAAGUGAGGAACUUCUCAGUUUAUGUUGCACUGACCUGCAGGACAGAAGCUUCUUCAAUGUAAAAUGUGCAUGAUGAUGAUGAUGAUGACAAUGCUGAUGAAGGCAGUUUUGGCUGGUUUUGUGAUUGUGUGUGUGUUUCCCACCCAUGGUGUGUGUUUCUCUCGUGGGGCGAGCGUUUCAUCAUGUGUGACCAUGAAGCCCGGCCACAUCAGCUCCUUCCCACAACACACACACACACACUCCACCGUCACCGUCCGCACCAGCCGAUCAGUGUACCUGCCACAACACACACUCACAGUAACAGUUCAGAGUUCCCGGGCAUUUAUGGGGUUUCUGCUUCAGGCUCGCUCCGUUGUUGAGGACCGUGUGGUCGGUGGUGAAUUCACGCUCCACCCUCCCAGCACACACACGCUGUCCUGCCUCAGCACGGACGACACGGUCACACACUCGGACAAGAUGCUCAAGAGGAACCUGUCGUUCAGCUGGAGGGCCCCGACACAACCCAGCGGAGACCUGCGCUUUUACAUCACACUGGUUCAGUCCUAUUUCGUGUACUGGUCCCGAAUCAGAUCGGCAGUGGUGCAUGAUGGGACACGCAGUUCUCAGAUCACUGACAGCAUUACAGGACAACCGAUGGUGAACACGACAGCCUCACUACUGGAAAAGAUAGGCAAACACACAUCCAUGUCUACACACACAACCACAUCUACACAUGCUAACACACACACCAGCACACAAUCAACACACACCAGCACACACUUAAUGCUUAACACACACAUAAUCACAUCUACACACACUAACACAUAUGCACCACAUAACACACACACCAACACACUUUUAACACGUAACACACACACAACCCCAUCUUCUAACAUACACACUAACACACACUCGCUAAAUGUCACUCAAACACCUCUGUCCUCAUCUACACAAAUGUUCCCAAUCACGUCUUCAUCUCAGAGCAUCUCAACCUAUAACAUAAACACACCAACACCUGACAGCACACAUGAAACCACUGCUAACAACACACACACCGUCCCAAAUUCACUGUUACAGACUCACACAUCUAUACACACAACAACGCAACAAGCACACACCUACACACACACUGUGUCCCUCCAUCCCGAUCCCUCCCCGGCUCCCCGUCGAGCUCCAUUUGACUUCUUCCCGUCCCGGGAGCCCACAGAGGGCGCCGUCUCCCUGACUCAGCGCAAAAAAGACCCCCCUAAACAGGCCAAAGACCCGUCUGGAGUCCCGAAGAGAGGCGGUGAGAGGCCGGAGCGUGUGCCCGGGCAGAGCGCAUCCGAGCUGGGCUUGCUGCUGGGCCUCUCGGGUGCGCUCGGCAUGGCCAUCGCAGUGGGUCUCCGGUACCUGCAGAGGAAACACUGUCGCAAGCGAACCGCUGUGUCGCUGAAUGACCGUAACCAUGAUGACAGAGGGAUCAUCCACGUGCAGGAGUGCGGAGACCUAGUGCAGGUGCGCAAAAUACGGCAGAACAGUUUCCUGGUGUUGCAGGCCGAGUACAACCUCAUCACACCGACAGGGAACUGAAUGCGCACACGAAAUACUGUUCUUGAAAGAAAUCACAGGUUAAAAAGUUUGGGGUCAGUACGAUUUUUUGAUAUUUUUUUCCUCCUCAAAAUGGACAUGCUAACAACAUAAAACGCCCCAGCAACCAUCCAGAACACCCUUUAAGACACAUAGCAGUCUGUCCAUUUGUCUGACAGACUGUAGGUGUGUUCCAAUUGACAGGGUCACUACGUAGUGUUCACUGACCCAUAAUCCCUAAGCACAGCAUAUGUGUUAAAGUGGACUAUGCUGUCAAAAAUCACUCAUUUGAGCCCUGGAACGCCAUCAAAGACAGGCAACAACGGGGUCACACAGAUUACGAUAUAACAUAAAUAUUUUAAUUUAUGUUUAACUUCAAAUUUAAAUACAUAUAAAAUAGAUGUACAAUUAUGUAUCUAAUAAAUAUAGUCUGAAUGUAUAUGUUUAUUGUACUUGUAUGACUAUUGCAGCUACACUACCAGUCAAAAGUUUUUGAGCAGUAAGAUUUUUAAAUAAGUAUCUUCUGUUCACCAAGCCUGCAUUUAUUUGAUCCAAAGUACAGCAAAAACAGUAAAAUUAUGAAAUAUUUUUACAAUUUAAAAUAACUGCUUUCUAUCUGAAUAUACUUUAAAAUGUAAUUUAUUCCUGUGAUUUCAAAGCUGAUUUUUUAGCCUCAUUACUCCAGGCACAUGAUCCUUCAGAAAUCAUUCUAAUAUUCUGAUUUGCUGCUCAAAAAACAUUUAUUAUUAUUUUGUUAAAAACAGCUGAGUAGAACUUUUUUCAGGUUUCAUUUAUGAAUAGAAAGUUCAGAAGAACAGUAUUUAUCUGAAAUAGAAAUCUUUUGUAACAUUAUAAAUGUCUUUAUCGUCACUUUUGAUCAAUUUAAAACAUCCUUGCUAAAUAAAGUAUUGAUUUCUAUCAUUUCUUUCCAAAAAGCAAAAAAUAAUUUUACUGAGUAAUACUUUGGAUCAAAUAAAUGCAGGCUUGGUGAGCAGAACAGACUUAAAAAGUAAAACAUUAAAAAUUUUACCUUUCAAAAACUUUUGACUGGUAGUGUAAUAUGAAAGCCAGUUUCUGCCACUAAAUAAAAAAUAAAAAAGGUAAUUGGGACUUUCUAUCUCAGAAUUGUGAGAAAAAAAUAUUCAGUGGCAGAAACAGGCUUUCAUAAUUUAAUGCAUCCUUUCUUGACUUCUUACUGACCCCAAACUUUUGAACAGUAAAGAAUGUAAAUAAUUCUUAAAUAAUUGCCACAGUGCAAUGCACUCAAAUGGCAUGAACUGCAUUUCUAAUGUGGCUCAUUUCAUGAGCCACAAUUUCUUUAACUCUGUAAUCAGACCGGCGAAAGACAUCUUUAUGUAAAAUUUUAUACUACAUCUGUAAAACAGCAUUUUGAGCUUUAGCAUAAUACUGUUCAAUCAUUUUGUGUGUAUUCUUUCACAUAUAAUAACAAACAACAGUAUGGAAAUCUAAAAAAAAAAAAGGCACCAUAUUAAACCUUCUUAGAUUUUAAAACAAAAAAGCAGAAAGUGCUUUUGCCUUAGAUUGUGGUUAAUGAUGCAUUUCAGUCUAAAUACUAGUUUAAAAGCUCAGAUUAAACCAUUAAUUAGUUAAUAUAGAUAGAAACAAUAGAGAAGUUUGAAAACAAUAGCGUCUAUUUAAAGGUAAAUUAGUGUAUAACUAAAUAUUCAAUCUG